UUGUGCGGCUCCCUUGUGCUCCGGCCUCAGUAAUUACCGAUCAUCAAUCAGUGUUAAUCACAGCUGAUUAGGCGGGAGGGGGGCGGUGCCUUCCCAGGCCGGGCGCGCCGGGGGCCGGUCCCUGCCCCUCGAGCGGCUAAGGGGGAACUCAGGCGUGGCGUGAGGAAGAUGGAUGAGUCCGGAGGGCGACACCCCGCCCCCGCCCCCCCGCGCUGAGCCGGGCUGCGGGGAGCCUCGGAGCGCGCCGCCACUCCAGCCCUCGAAGGCGGCGGGCAGGCAGCGCUGCCGGGGCUCCGGGGCAGGGCUGCGGCGCAGGAGCCCGCAGGACCGAGGAAGGGACCCAGGGACCGCGCAGCGCAGAGGGGGAGUCCCGCGCAGCGUAGAGGAGGAGCCCGGCGGAGCACCCCGCGCAGCCCAGAGCCGGGACACGGCGCGCCCCGCGCAGAGGGGGAGCCCGACGGACUCAGAGCCGGGACACCGCGCAGAGGUUGGACGCCCCGCGCAGGGGGAGCCCGCAGCGCAGAGGCUGGGCACCGCGCGCCCGGGAGCAGCCGGGUGGCCCGGCAAGUUGGCGGCGGCUGGAACCCGUGGGGAGGUGGGGGCGCAGCCAGCCCGGGAGGCGCUCCGCGCCCGCUCGCCAUGCAGAGACCCAGCGGCCAAGGGGCCGCCUUCUCCAUCGACUCGCUGAUCGGGACCCCGCCGCCGCGCUCCGGCCACCUGCUCUACACCGGCUACCCCAUGUUCAUGCCCUACCGGCCGCUGGUGCUGCCUCAGGCGCUGUCCCACGCGCCCCUGCAGUCCGGCCUCCCCCCGCUCGCCCCGCUGGCCUCCUUCGCCGGCCGCCUCACCAACACCUUCUGCGCCAGCCUGGGGCAGGGGGUGCCCUCCAUGGUGGCGCUCACUACCGCGCUGCCCAACUUCAGCGAGCCCCCCGACGGCUUCUACCCGGCGCAGGAGCUGCCGGCUGCGCGCACCAACCCGGAGCCGGGCUGCAGGCGGAGCGCAGAGAGCUUGGAGGCGGAGGAGCUGCCCCCGGCCCGGGACAAGGGGCCGCCUGAGCCGCCGCUACACUUCCCGGACCCUUUCCCCAGCCUGGCAGAUGGCAAGGCGUACAGCUCCGAUGAAGAGAAGCUGGAGGUGAAAUCGGCAGAGACCCCAUGCAGUGAGAGGGAAGAGGAGAGCUCGGCGCCUGACAGCGAGGACGAGAGCUUCCUGGAUGGGAGCAGCGCCAGCUGCCUGGGGCCCAAGGCCAAGGCCAAGAGCAGCUCCGGCGGGGAGCAGGCACCCCCCGGCUCCAACCCAGGGAAGAGCCGCCGGAGGCGCACGGCCUUCACCAGCGAGCAGCUGCUGGAGCUGGAGAAGGAAUUCCACUGCAAGAAGUACCUGAGCCUGACGGAGCGCUCGCAGAUCGCCCACGCCCUCAAGCUCAGCGAGGUGCAGGUCAAGAUCUGGUUCCAGAACCGCCGCGCCAAGUGGAAACGCAUCAAAGCCGGCAACGUCAACAACCGCUCCGGUGAGCCCGUCCGCAACCCCAAGAUCGUGGUGCCCAUCCCAGUGCACGUCAACAGGUUCGCCGUGCGCAGCCAGCACCAGCAGAUAGAGCAGGGCAGCCGGCCCUGAGCCCUGCCACACGCUCCGGGCUCCAGCUCAGAAACUCUGUGGGAGGAAAACGCCAAAUGCCCCUGGCUGCAAACUAGCAGGCACAUGCCAUGGCUGGCAGAGGGGCCUGCCUUGCAUGGCCGAGCAGGCCCAGGGCUGCCCCAAGCUCCCAUUCCGGAUGCUGCAGCAAAGGGAGAUGCUCCAGUGCAGACCCGUGGGGCGGUGCUGCAGGGGGAGUUUUAACCAUUUGUGCUCCAGCCGCUGCUCACAAACCUCUCUGUAAAUAUCCCUUAUUUAUUCUGUGUAAAGUCUGUACAUAUGGAA